AUGAAUAAACUGUACUUCAAUUAUUCAACAUUUCUAAUAAUUUUAUCCCUGUUAUUAUUAAUCAAUGCCGAUGAUAAUAAUCAUGACGGUAUGUCAAUGGAUAUGGAUGAUUCUUCAUCUUCAAGACCAGAAUUCCAUCCUAUAAAUCCUGGUUCGAAAACUUUCCAUUGGUUAUUAAGUUUAUUUAUAUUGUUAAUUUUACCAUCAAUUAGUACUUCAUUGGCAAUUGCUAAUAAACUACAUUGGUCAUUAUUUUUACAAUAUAUUUCAACUUGUUAUAGUAUAUUUGAAUCGAUAUUUUUAGAUUUCCCAGAUAAUAUUAAUAAUCAUGAAAAUAAAACAUCAAAGGGGACAAGUUGGUUUUUAUCAAUAUUAUUAGGUUUAACAAUUUUUAUUGGUACAUUUAUUAAUGGUAGUAAUUUAAUUAUUAAUAAAUUUUAUCCUAAUUUAACUAGGUUUACUGUUAAUUAUGAAUAUGGAUUUAGUUAUAAACUUUAUAAAAUUUUAUCAUUUUUAACAGUAUUAACAGGAUGGGUUAGAGUUUGUAUGGCACCAAUUGCAUUAUUUGGAUUUUGUUAUGAUAAACAUACUGGUCAAUGUAUUGCUCAUGGUAUAAUGGGUUCAGCAUUUAUAUUAUAUUCAUUUAUUUUAUCAUUAGUAUUAGUUGUACCUUGGAUUAGAAAACAUCAGUUAAUGACCACACCUAAUGGUGGCAGUGGUGGUAACACUGGAUUGUCACAAGAAUUUUAUGAUUCUACCGUUAUGAUGGUUUGGGGGAUUGUUAAUACUUUUACUGAGCAUCGUUGGGGUCGUGAAAAUUGGAGUAUGGGAGAUUAUCAACAUACUGCCAUGGGGAUAAUUUGGUGGAGUGGAGGAUUAUUAGGAAUGUAUUUAUCUCGGAAAAAUCAUCAUCGAUCAUUUAUCCCAGCUUUAUUAUUAAUUUUCACUGGUUAUUCAAUGUCUCAACAUAGUCAACAUUUAAUGAUAUCAACUAAAGUUCAUUCAGUUUUUGGUAUUGCUUUAAUGGGAGCUGGUAUAACAAGAAUUAUUGAAAUACUGUUUUUAUUAAAAGAUAAAUCUUGUCAUCCACUGGGUCAAAUUUUAUCAUUUCAAUAUUUCCCUCCAUUUUGUUUAACUUUAGCUGGGAUUUUAUUUAUGGGAGCAACUGAAGAACAAUUACAAUUGGUUCAUGAUUUAGGUUCAGAUCAUUCAGCUUAUAUUUUGGUGGUUUCUGCGGCUGCUUUUAUGAUUUUCCUUUGGAUUCAACUUUUAAUAAUGUUUUAUUUACGAUUAGUAGGGUAUAAUGAAGAUGGAGAGUUGGGACUACAGGGACAGGGUCAAGGUCAUCAUCAAUAUCAAAGUGUAGAUGUUGAAGAAUUUGAGUUGGGUGAUAUUAGUGAUGAUUAUGAGGAAGAAGGCAGUGGCAGUACCAAUAAUCAUCAUGAAUUGGAUACUCCUUCAUUGUCUGAUGAUAGAAAUAAAGAUUAG